AUGAACUUCAUCCCAUCAACGCUCCAUCCACGACUUUGCCCAAAUUAUCAGGCUGCAGAAUCACCCCGUGAUCGCACUCCGUCUUCCACUUUCGCCGAGGCGUCCGACCCUUUCGGAAUUCUAUGGUCUGAUCAAAAAGAAGGGGAAGAAACGGAGGCGGAGGAGGAAGAGUCGUGUCAAAAGUCUGAGACCAGCGAACUUGAUGAGCAAGAAGAAGACACAGACAUAGCAAGAGGAGGAGUUGCAGGACUUUUUGGAGGUGAAAUUGAGGACGAAGGUUACACCCAGAGCCAUUAUUAUCCGCACAGAGAGUGGCAGAGAGCAAUACCGGAAGAGUUUAGGCGUUUCCGAAAAACGCGUAAGACACAGGCUAGUGCUGAAUCGCUGGUACUUCACAAACUGCUGGUAUUGGCUCGUCAACAGAACGACCUUCAAAACAUCGCUCUCACAGUCUCGGAUGACCAUACCGAGGAUGGUCUUCAUGCAGUAAGACUACUUUCAGCCGCACUAGGGAAAAAUUCUGGAGGAAACUUGGGCUCGAUAUUGCUCGACUUGAAUGAAAGAAUCGAAACUGGAUUCCCAGAGGAACCAGAAUCCCCAGCAAAGUCAGACCCUGGUACCCUGGAUUUGCCGGAUUACAUUAGAACCUCUGUUGAACCCCCAAGCAAUAUGUUUGGUGUUGGAAGACGGUCGCAAACCUCAGUUCGCAGUACUCACGAAGAGUACAACUUUCAGGCUGGCAUAGGUGAUCUGAGUACUAGCGUUGUGCAAAGUGCCACGGGGCUCGAGACAGCUAACAGCCUGUCCCAAAAUCAGCAAGCACUUCAGCAUGGAGAAGGAAUGAGCUUAGAACAGUUGCAAGAGCAUAUUAUCCACCUACAAGCGAAAGCAAGACGACUAGAGGGCGUCCCAAAAAGUGAAGAGCCUCAAAAGGUGCAAAUACUUUUUCGUAUACAGCAAGGCGACAAGAUGUCGAUACCAUAUCUUGAUCAUCCUCGGGAUAGAUUUGGAGAUGGGGGUACACUGUAUUCAACAUCUCCAAUCAAAAACAUCGAACUCUACUUGGAGCGUCACAAGGAAAUAACCCUUGUAGUUUAUCGGGAUUUUGGACAGAUACACAACAAAGCGCUCGAAGACCAAGAAAUCACCGAAAAUGGCGUCCUACCGACGCAGAUUAAGCAUUAUCGCGAGGUUUUGUGGCCAGUGAGUGAUGAGAUGUCUAAUGCUAUCAGGAUGAUUCUAGGUUCUCGGCCUGAAUACGAUGCAAUUUUGAAAAGCUUUGACAGCAUGUCUGAGAUAUCUAGUCCAUUUCUGUUUUUCUUCCACAGCUUCAAAGAUCUUGAGACUAUCAAAAAGCAGGCUAACGACACAAUACGGAGGCAGCUGGAAAUUUUGGCAACCUAUAUCUGGGAUGUUUAUGGAGCAUUGUAUAAUGCUGCUGAGUCCAUGAUAUCCCAAGGGCAGUUCUCUGCUGAGUACUUGUGCUAUUUCUAUAAACCGAACGAUGUCCUCGUUUAUAGAGAGCGCGAGAACAUCAAGGGUUACAUCUGCGACUCGUGGCUUGGACAGCCGCGCGAUAAAAAGGCACAGAAGCAAGAUCGAAUGUGGCAGAAAGGCAAAAGACCUGUCAAAGCUAAUAUCAACGAAUCAGAGGAUGCGACCACCAAAACAUACAUUUGGGAGAUCGCAGUUUGGUCUUGGUCGUAUGAUGGUCAUUUUUAUCGUGAAAAGACUACUCUCGCUCUUGAAGUAUCUGGUCUCAAACAAAACGUGCAGGAAAUCAAUCGUCUAAGCAUCUAUCCACUACAGUUCGCCGAACCCUAG